GGAGACUGGUUUCAACCUGACAAUAAGCUGCCCUGAUGCGAAGGGAAAGGCUAGAGAGAUUGUUGGUUUAUACAGAAAGAUCAGCUCCAGCUGCUGCCAAGUUAAGUCACUGCCCGUGAGGACAUCCGAUCCACCAUGAAGAGCCUCAGAUCCAGAAUGUCAUUUUAUGCGGGCUUCGUGGUGGGAAUCCUCACGCUGAAGCUUUGGUUUGAUCGGCAAGUCAGCACCUUGGCCAGAGAUCAGGACUACCAGCAAGAGCUCGAAGAAGAAAAGAAAAUGUGGAAGAAAGAAGGGUCUGCACUUUACAACCUCAAGCACCCUCAUCACAUAGGUGAGGAUAAACGCAUGGCUGAUGAAUUGUACAAAAAGGUGCGUAUUCUUUGCUGGGUGAUGACUGGACCCAAAAACCUGAAGACAAAGACUCGACAUGUGAAGUACACCUGGAGCCGCCAUUGCAAUAUUUUGGUCUUCAUGAGCUCUGUGGAUGACCCCGACUUCCCCACCGUGGGAUUAGGUACAAAGGAGGGUCGGGAUCAGCUGUACUGGAAAACAAUUCGGGCCUACCAUUAUGUCUAUGAGCAUCAUGCAGAUGAAGCAGAUUGGUUCCUCAAGGCAGAUGACGACACCUACGUCAUAGUGGACAACCUGCGCUGGGUUCUUGCAAACCACACUCCUGAUGAGCCUGUUUACUUCGGCAGACGAUUCAAGCUCUUCACUAAGCAGGGCUACAUGAGCGGUGGUGCAGGCUACGUACUGAGCAAAGAGGCUUUGCGAAGAUUUGUAGAAGGUUUCAAAAGCAAACAGUGUACCCAUACUAGUUCUAUAGAGGACGCAGCGAUGGGGCAGUGCAUGGAGAAAGUUGGGGUGCUGGCUGGAGACUCCAGAGACUCUUCUCAUAGGGAGACAUUUCACCCAUUUCUCCUUGAGCAGCACCUCACUUUCAAAUCUUAUAAGAGCUUUGAGAGCUACUGCUACUACCCCGUUUUAGAGGGUCCUAACUGCUGCUCGGACAUUUCAGUAUCUUUCCAUUACGUGGAUGCUGUAGGCAUGUAUUUAAUGGAAUAUUACACCUAUCACCUGCGUGCCUUUGGCUACAGACAUCGCUAUCAGCCUCCCACCCCACCUGGUUACAGUAUAAAUAAGUCAGAAUCCUGGGAUGCUGGGAAAAAAGACAAAAAGCUGGAACAAAAACUAAUCCAUCCAGACCUAUCAAGGACUGACAAGAGACAGAGUGAAGAUCCCCCUCCUGUAGAUGGUAAAGAUGGUCCUCCUGCUGCCGAGGGUAAAUAACAGUUGGACUUUGUGGCGGUUUUUGAGGGUACUGAUCAUUAGGAUUCGUGGUGGAUUUUGGGUUUUGACUGUUUGGGUAUCCGUUCUGAUAAUCAAAGUGAAGUAUAAAAACUUUGUCCUCUUAGACUGCUAGUGAACUGUGACAGCAAGACUGGGUGUUCUCCAUGCUAAAAGGUGACCUGUGGCUCUGUAUGUCAGUUUUGUCAGGUGUUUUUACAGAUUGUUCCAUAAAAGGACACUUUUCUUUUUUCUGAAAGCAAAGUAAACCGGUACUUCUAGUGGAUUUUUAAAAAAUUACUUUUCUGUUUUUUCAUUUCUUACCACGACAGUCCCACAAACACUUGCUCUACCGCUCUUUAAGGCUUGCUGGAGUUGUUAGACUUCAGUUCACACUUAUAGCUACAUGUGCCUGAAACCUGGUUUUUGUCAGAUCAUAUUGUUGUUUACGAGAUUUUGAUGCCUCCCAAACACUAGCGUUUAGGGUUGUGCUUAAAAGCCCUUUCACAUAAAAUACAAGGGUAGCAUCUCUUUACUUUUUAUUUUUGGUUGUUUUGUGUUUUGACACAAAACAAACUUUCUUUGAAGAUAUGUUUUAAACCAAGACCUUGCAUAUGUCUAAAAGGUUUACUUAAGUGAAUUAGCUACACUUAACUCGGAAUAUUUAUUUACCCGUUAGUCUGCAUCUCUUGGUAAACCAAACAUCAGGAAUGGUGAAAAACGGCUGUUAUCUUUUCCUAAAAGCAAAGUGGAUCUUUUUUGAAAUUCCCAUUUUGCCAAGUAAUGGUGAAAAAAGAAGUGACGAAUAGGUCAAUCUUUUAUUCUCUAUAAAAUGAAACAUUUUGUCCCAUGGAUGGUUAAAUAGCAAUGUAUAUACUCUCAAAAUCUGGCAAAAUA